UUCCUGCCUCCCCGCGCGCCGCCCUCAGCAGGCUCCGCCGCCGCCGCGAUGGCGCUGAAGAGAAUCCACAAGGAGUUGAAUGAUCUGGCACGUGAUCCUCCAGCACAGUGUUCUGCGGGGCCUGUUGGAGAUGACAUGUUUCAUUGGCAAGCUACAAUAAUGGGACCCAAUGACAGCCCCUAUCAGGGUGGGGUGUUCUUCUUGACAAUUCACUUCCCCACAGAUUACCCCUUCAAACCACCUAAGGUUGCAUUUACAACGAGAAUUUACCAUCCAAAUAUUAACAGUAAUGGCAGUAUUUGUCUUGAUAUUCUACGGUCACAGUGGUCUCCAGCAUUAACUAUUUCAAAAGUACUUUUGUCCAUCUGUUCUCUGUUGUGUGAUCCCAAUCCAGAUGAUCCCUUAGUGCCUGAGAUUGCACGGAUCUACAAAACAGAUAGAGAAAAGUACAACAGAAUAGCUCGAGAAUGGACUCAGAAGUAUGCGAUGUAAUUAAAGAAAUUAUUGGAUAACCUCUACAAAUAAAGAUAGGGGAACUCUGAAAGAGAAAGUCCUUUUGAUUUCCAUUUGACUGCUUUCUAUGAGCCCACGCCUCAUCUUCCCCUGUGCACAUGUUUACCUGAUCCAGCAGUGCUGCGUGUUGUACAUACUUGGAACAACGAAAUACUGUAUUCCAUACCAACAUUGACUCCUAGCAAAGAAAUGUGUGUGAAAAGCCAGUUCUUCAGUCAAAAUCUAGUUGUGAGCGUAAAAGCAUUCCUAAGA